UUUGGCCACACUGUGGCAAACAGCUGAUUGGCAAAAAAAAGAACUCCAAAAUUCCGAAACAAAUGAAAAAAUUAUAGAAACGAUGAUAUAGACGAUUGCUUAAAGUGCAUCCGAAUGCGAAAAGACACCAGCCGCGGGCUACGGACAAAAUGCAGCGGAAGCAGCCGAACGAGCCGGCAUGCAGCACCGCCUUCGAGGAGGCGGAACAGACGCCGCCGCCGCCGCAGCAGCAGCAGCACCUCGGUCUCAGCACAAAACUGGCGCUGCGGCGUCUGUACGAGGAAAUUGAAAAGGUGCUGCUGGAGCACGAGCAGCAGUACGGGGCGGAGAGCUCGUAUCGAAAGUUGCGUGCGGCCUUCGUGAAGCGCUACGACAGUCCAUUGGGUUGGCUGUCGAUUGGCACCAGUUUGCUGACCAGCGUGGCGCUGCUUAUCACCGGCAUGUUGUGGCCCGCGAUCUGUUUGCUGGCUAUCUUAUCGCUGGACUUUUUCGUCGUCAUCCGAGAGAACAAUUUGCGGCGCACAGAGAUCUACCGCAAGACGCGGCACGCCCUCGCGGAGCUGCAGCUGGCGGAGCAGCAUUUCAGCGACGACUGGCAGGCAUCCAAUUAUCCGCACCUGAGCAAUCCCAUGUCGCCCUGCGUCUCACUGCAAUGGACGUACCGCGACGGCAUUCUGGUCAAUCUGCCAUGGGCGCUGCUGGUGCGCGGCGAUUGCAUUGUGCUGCGACCGGGACACAUAUCGCCCGGCCCCUGCCAUGUGCUCGACACCAACAAGUUCUUCGAUGCGAAUGAGAUUUACGGCGCUGCGCCCAUGGGCGAUCCACCAGUCAAGCCAAUGGCACGUCCCCCGCUGCCCAAUCUUGUGUGCUGCCUGGAGAGUACGCCGUAUCUGGAGAACCUCAGCAUUUGCCUAAAGAACUCACUGAAGCGGCCGCCAACCAUCUACAAUCAGCAGCGCUAUCUGCUGGUGACAAAAUACAUUCAACAAUGGGGCUUCAUUAGUGCUUUGAGCAUCACCCUCGUGUCGGGCCUGUUGCGCCUGCAUGGCUAUGGCCUGCCCACCGAUGAGCAGCACAACUGGCGCUUUGUGCUGAUUGAGUCGCCAGCUGCUGCCAUUAUUCCGCUGCUGCCGCUGAUCUUUCCGCUCAUGUGGAUCUCCAUGAAUCUGUGGGGCAUUGCGCGGUUGCAGUGCUUCCUCAAGACGCCGCAGGUGGCCAGCGAGAGGAGUCCCACCAAGUCGUUCGAGGAGGAUCUGGACUCGCCCUCCUGCAACUACGAGAACAUAUCAAUGCUGCGCUCCAAUGUGCUGCGCAUUUGGAUGCAGCUGUGGCGCGGCGACAGCGAGCUGCUGCCCCGUUCGGCCAAUCUGGUGCAAGUGCUGGGCUCCAUUUCCGCGCUCUGCUGUGUGGACAAAAAGGGCAUUCUGUCAUGGCCCAAUCCCACGGCCGAGAAGGUUUUCUUUCUGCACAACACGGACGAGGAGGCCAACGAUGAUGGCGCGCGCAGUCAGGCGUCCACGCAGAGCGAAAGCGAUGAUGUGCCCAUUGUGGAUGAGGAUCACAAGGAGCGUGGCAUUGUGGCGGAAGUGUUGGACCUCACACACGAUCAGCAUUGCCCGUUUCGACUGGAGUUCGAUGAUCACGAGUGGAAGGCGCACAUCAAGUCACUGAAGCCGUUGGGUCUGGCCAUCUUGCUCAACACCUGCUCCCCGCUCACCCAUGAGCACUACGCGCAGUUUUGUGGACAUGUGACGGCCGUCGCGAUGCUCGACAAAGAUUUGGUGCCUGUUACAAAUCGGUAUGCGUAUGCACUCAUUGAAUCCAGUAAAAGCUUUUUGCAUGGACGCUGCCUCUGCGAGUUGGCCAAGCAAAUUGGCUUCACGAAUCAUGCCACGGAUCGCUUUGCGCUGGAGGGACAACUGGCCAGCUACAGGCAUUUGCAACCCGAUGUCGUGCGUCGCGACAUUCGCUUUGCGAGACAGCUGCAGCUUUCCUCCAAAGUAAAAGUGCCCUUUCCGCACUCUCUCUCCGUGGUGAUGCGCGAGAACCCCGGCGGCUAUUUGUCGUUGUUCACGCAGGGCACAGCGGACAUUAUACUGGACUGCUGUGACGAUUUCUGGGAUGGCCAGGACUUGCAUCCAUUGUCGCCGCAGGAUCGCAAGCGAGCGCUGGACUUUUAUCAACGCAGCGCGCUCACCUCCUACUGCACAGCGUUUGCGUAUCGGCCGCUGCGGCAUGGCAUACACGGAGCGCUGAGCGGGCCGCAGCAGAGCGGCGGCGAGUGCUUGUACCUGGAGCUGCCGCCCGAGUCGAAGCUGCGCAUGCAGCACGUGGACAAGCUGCACUGCGACUUCCAGGGCGGCCACCACGUGAAGCUCAGCCACAGCAUCAGCACGGACUCGCUGCUGUAUUCGGAGCACAAGGACGAGGACUGCAACGAUGUGGAGGGUUGCUUCGAGAUGCAAUGCCAUCAGGUGUUCAUCGGCAUGGUCACCAUGCAGUACCAAGCGCAGAACGACAUCGUGCGCCUGGUGGAGCGCCUCGAGCGUGCGUGCAUUCGCUUCGUGCACUUUAGCAAGGAGAACGAGCUGCGUUCGCGUGUGUUCUCCGAGAAAAUGGGCCUCGAGUCUGGCUGGAAUUGUCACAUUUCGCUGCUCAGCGAACCGGAGCCCGAGGUCGAGAAGGAGAAGGAUAAAGAGAAGACAAAUACACCAAAAAAUGCUGGUAAAAGUCAAGCCACAACCACCACAGAACCAACUGAAACAGCCACAGAUUGUGCGGCACAUAACAUUCAUCAUCCUGCAAGUGCCAAAGUCAUGUACAUAACGCCACCCGCAUCCGCACCUGCACCCGCUCCCGCUCCCGCUCCUGAACCCACCGCUGUUGAGGCCUCCUCCUCCACGCCCCUUGCUAAACCCACUGAUAUUGUAGGUGAUGCCCCCAGCGCAGCGCCAGCUAUCAGCCAUCUGCUUGGGCCGCCCACCAAUUUGGAGACGUCGAAAACGCUCAGCUCCUCGGCCCCUGGUGCCAUAUCCAACCCAGACGAGUGCAAUCCAUUGAAUUCCGCGCUCAGUUCGGAUGGGGAGGCCGGCGGCAGUGGCGGGGACAACUCGGAGAGCUUGCAGCAGGCUGAACUCGCAGGCGAUGGGGAAAUGGAGACCGAGACAGAUUCCAAUCGCCUCAAGCAGCGCCACUCGCUGGACUCGGCCAUGGACGAGAACUGCCGCUCGCUGAGCACACUCACCGAGAGCACCGAUCAGAGUGCGCCCAUCAAUUUCGACAUGUCCAAUCGCGCCAAGCUGCCGCGCGGCAUUGAGAAUAUUCGCCCGCACCUGGAGCAGGUGGACAACGUGCCGCUGCAGGUGUCGCUCUUCACGGACUGCUCGGCGGAGGCCACGCGGCAGAUGCUCGACAUAAUGCAGUCCUACGGCGAGAUUGUCGUCUGUCUGGGCAGCUCGGCGAGCAAUGCCAAUGCGGACAUCUUUCUGCAGGCCGACUGCAGCAUUGCCGUGGAGCCGCUCUAUCCGCAGGUGUGUCAAGACGUCGACGCCUACACGGAGGCCAACAUACAGCACAACAAGUGGCUGUGGCAGCGGCAGGCGGACAAGGGCAAGGCCUCCAAUGAUGACGAGCAGCUGCUGGAGUGCGGCCUCCAUGGCGCUGGGGCGCGUGCCAUGCAGUCGCCGGCGCACACCGUCUCCCCGCUGUAUCUGAGUCGGCUGCUCAACUCGCUGCCCUGCUCGAUAGCCGUGUGCCGGGACGACCCACUUUCGCUGGUGGCCAUAAUUGAGCUGUCACGCCGCUUCUCGCUGGGCCUGUGGAAUUGCAUACAGUAUUGGGCCUGCUGUGCGGGCAGCAUAUCCAUUAUGAAUGUGCUCUGCGCGUGCCUCUCACUGCCGCCCGUACUCACGCCGCUGCUCUCCAUCUAUCUGAUGUCGGUGCCCGUGCCGCUGAUUGCCAUCUCGCUGGCCCACAUCGAGGUGGAUCCCAAGAUUAUGAAUCGAGCGACGAGCAAGAAGCAGACGGACUACGAUUCGCGCGCUUUUGCAUUUGUUAUGUGGUGCUAUGGCUGCAAGUUUCUUGUGCCCAUUAUAACGCUGCUCGUUACCUAUUGGAUGUGCUUGGCGCAGUCCAGCGUCAGCAGCUCGCUGCUCACUGCCGAAGAGCAGCUGCAGGUGGGCGACGACGACCUCGAUGACUUCCAGCCCGACAAUGAUGCGAAUUUCUAUCAAUUUUUGUACCUAUCACGCAGCUGCGCCUUGCUGGCCAUACUGCUGCAUUUUGCCUGCAUCUCCAUUACAUUUGUGCAUCGUGAUCAUGCCAUUUGGCAGCGUAAUCCCUUCACCAAUCGCAUUUGGGCGCUCACCUGCCUGGGCCUGGUGCUUCUGCACUUUGGCAUUCUGUCGCUGCAGCUGGCGCUGGAUGACUUUCUGCAGCAGCAAUUGCCGCAGCUCUGGCUGGCCAUGCUGCUGCUCUUUGGCAGUGCGCUGCUCAGCUGGAUCAUCAGCGAGCUGGCCAAGUUUCAGGAGAACAAGGUUAAUGCGCGCUAUCAGCGUCGCGCGCGCUUGGAUUUUGGCACCAAAUUGGGCAUGAACUCGCCCUUCUAGGCCGCCAAACCCCAGGCUGUACAUGGUUACGCUUCUUCUACGUUGUUUACUUAAACCCUUAUAUUAUUUAUGCAUUUGUUUUGAUUCGUUUUUAGCUGCGGUUCUGUACUUUACUUUUCGUUUGUUCUUUCAUCUAAAAAGUGUUUCCUAAGUGUUUAUUUUUAGUCUUCGUGUGACACCCCCAAAGCCCCUCUAACAUUUCGUAAAAGACUUUUGCAAUUACUAUAUGAAAUAUAUAACUAAAUGUA